AUGCCCCUGCAGAAGGCACAGGUGCCUCACACCUCCUCCAGCAUGCAGCACUGCUGCAGGGUAGCCCAGAACCUGUUAGCCACCUGGGCGGUGGACUGCUCCAGCCCCAGCUGUGUGCCCAGGUGGUUCAGUGUCACUUUAAAGAAGCUAGUGGUCUUCAAGGAGCUGGCGAAGGACCUAGUUUCCGUGGUGAUUUCCGUGAAGAUGCAGGACUCCAAGGGCAUCCUGAGGUCCAAAGAGAUUAUGUUGCCUCCCAGUGAACCAGUGGGGACUGACCUGGCGCUGACCUUCUCCCUGCAGUACUCCCACUUCCUCAAGGGAGAAGGCAACAAGCUCCAGAUCAUGCUGGAGCAGAGGAAGCGCUAUAAGAACAGGAUCGUCCUGGGCUACAAGACACUGGCCACGGGCGCCAUCCGCAUGGCUGAUGUCAUGGGGAGAAACUCCAAGUGCGGCCAGAUGCUGAGCCUCUACAGCACCGUCCAGGAGCCCUCCACCAAGGUGGCUGAAGUCUGGAUCUCCUCCCUGUCCAGUCAGCCCAUCAAACAUGAGGAAAGUGCCAAGCGGGCCAGGCCGAAGGCCAAGUACGCAGGUAACUACACUCAGAGCCCCUUGCCUGAGCUGGAGGCCAGCUGCAAUAGAAAGCACAGACAGGACCUGCACAAGGAUGACUUUGGGAAGGGGAAGCCAAAGAAGCAGCGGCGGUCGGAAGUCACAGGGGGGACCAUGACCAUGCAACAGAACUACCGCGAUAAAGUCCUGUUAUGGCUGCACACAGUCCAAGUGUGGGAGGAGGCCCUGGACCCUGAGCAGGAUCAUGGGGAGCAUGUCCUGGAAGUGGAAGAGGACCUGGACCUCCUGGAUGACAUGCUGGAGGCUCCCAGUGACAGUGGCCCAGACACUGAGGGCGAUGACGGUGUCCUCAGCACCCCCACACCUCAGCUCAGGCCAUACUUCCGAGGCCUGUCUAGCUCCAGCUUGCAGAUGGAGAUGUGGGGCUCCCACAGCGCCAGGAUCCAAAAGGAGUCUGUGAGUCUGGCCCAGGUGCCUGAGAACACGUGCACCCCGGGAGGCAAGCAGCCAAGUGACAGUGACUCUGACUCAGUGGCCCACAGAAUUUGCUCCCCUGGGGUGCAGUUGGCACAGCUGGAGGACAGCCGGGAGGCAGCAUCCUCUGCCAGGGGUUGGUUCACCAGGAAGCUGCCAUCCAUAGUGCGCUUCACCAAGUCUCUAGUCGUCCCCUCCAGCAGGUCCAAGAGGAAGCAGGCUGGCCACCACGGCUGCAACACAUCCCUGCUUGAGCGGUUCAACAGACCGGAUGACGAGGACCCAGAACCACAGAGCCAGCGGCAGAUCCCCAGCAAGCCCGUGCAUGACCAGCUAAAUGUCAUCCUCAUUUCCCCAGACAAGCUGCCUGAGAACGUCAUUCUGGUCAACACCUCAGACUGGCAGGGCCAGUUACUUUCGGACAUCCUGCAGGGGCACACGCUGCCCGUGGUAUGCACUUGUUCCACAGAUGACGUCCAGGAGGCCUUCAGCAUCAUCGUGUCCUGGAUGCAGAGAUACUGCGACUGCACUUCCCAGGCCCUGACGCCCGUGAAGAUCGCAGUGGCAGGGGCACAGCCCUACUUCAACGCUGUGCUGCGGGUCUUUGUGGAGCUGCUGUCCCACCAGCCACCCCAGUGGCUGGACUACCUGUGCUUCCUGGUCAUCCCUCUGGGUUCCCACCCCUUGGCCAGCUACCUGGGCUCCAUGGAUUGCCGCUAUGACAACUUCUUCCACGACCUGUACUGGUGGGACAUGUUCAACAACCUGGAGUCUCUGAACACCUUGCAGGACACA